AUGUUGAGUGCAUAAAAACUUACACUAUAAAAUUAAGAUGCUUUCUCUUAAUUCUUUGAUAAAUAUGUAUCCAACUCCAGCAAACUUUAAAGCCGCAGUGUCAGAGAACUUGCAUAGAAAUUAGCCAUUUAAUAUUUUAGUGCUCAACUACCUUCUAGAUAUUUAACAGAGAAUAAUAUGAGGAAAAAAAGUAGAAAUAUAGUUUACAAAUAAAUGGAAACAGAUGCAAUAGAAAAGGCAAAAGCAUAAUUUAAAGCAAAGAAAUAGAGAAAGGAAUCUUAACAACGAAAGUUACCCCCAGUUCCUAAAAGGAAGGAUACUUAACCAAGAAGUUUUUCGGUAUAACAUCCUAUUAAAUGUUUAUCGGCUUAGUCUAAGAGAUCAACGCCUUCUACAUAUUUCUAUUAUUUAGGAGAAGGGAACAACCAUGAGUUAAUUAAGAAGUUACUAGAUGAAAGAUAAAAUUGGGUUCAAGUCAAAGAUAUUAGCCUUAAGAAUAUUAACUUUAAAUGGUAAGAAACUGAGAAAGGGUAUGAAUAUCGUACUUUAGCAGGGAAUUCAAAAGAUUCUACACCAUAAAUGCUUAAUCAUUUUGAAUUUCAUGCUGAAAUUUCAAAUAAAUAUCACUUAGCAUUAAAUUUUAAGACAUAUUGUGAAGUAAUCAAUCUAUUAAUUAUAAACUAUAGAAAAACUAAUUAAACGUAUAAGAUUAUAUUCCUAUAAGUUUUGCAAUAGAAUGUACAAACUAGAAUUUAAAAGCUGGUUUAUUUUAGUUCUUAACAUUCUAUAGAUCAUAUUGUCCUUAAAAUUAAUUACAAGAAUUAGAUAAAACAAUAAAAUCAUAUUAGUUUAAGUAUGGUACAUAAUUGGAAAGUAAAAUUGAUUAAAAUUCUACUUUAUUUGCUGGAGAAAAUCUAUGGAUCUUUAAACCAGCAAAUAUGAAUUAAGGAAGAGGAAUUCAUGUAGUCAGAAAUCUAUAAGAGAUAAUUGAUAUUUAUAAUAGGUAUUAGAAUGGAUAUAGAGAACAUUUAUUGGAAGUGAAAAGAAAUGAAAAUAAUGAAAUAGUAACAAAAAUCAUAUACAUUAAUACAUUAAUGACAGAAUAAUUUGUGAUUUAGAAAUAUAUUGAAAAACCUUUAUUAAUAAAAGGAAGGAAAUUUGAUAUCAGAACUUAUGUGUUGAUAACAUCUAAUUUAGGAUUCUUCUUCUUUAAGUAUAAAUUUAAUUUACUAUUUAGAGAAGGAUAAAUAAGAUUGGCUACAGAAACAUUUGAUGUUAAAUAAUAAUCUAAUUAUGUACAUUUAACUAAUAAUGCUGUUCAGUACACACAUCCUUAAUAUGGAAAAACUGAGGAAGGUAAUCAAUAUAAUUUUGAUCAAGCUUCAUAAUAUUUUAAGAUAGAUUUUAGAAAAGAAGUAUCAAAUUAAUUUAUAUAUAAAGGUGAUUCAAAAGUUGAAAUAGAUAUCUCUUUUAGCUUUUACAAGUGUUAAAGGAAAAAUAAAUAAAUAUAAAAGGAAAAAUUGUUUUGAAAUUUUUGGAAUGGAUUUUAUUUUAGAUGAGAAUUUUAAACCAUGGUUAAUAGAAGUGAAUACAAAUCCUAGUUUAGAAGUAACUAGUAAAUUAUUAGGAAGUUUGUUUCCAAGAUUAAUAGGUAAUUAUUGGUUUAUAAAUAGAUGAUGCAUUUAAAUUAACAGUUGACCGACUAUUCAUUUAAUAAAAGACACCAUCAAAAUACCCAUUUCUUAAUUAUCCAAAUGAAGAGAACUUAUGGGAAUAUGUUUGUUAGCUUUGA